UGUUUUGGAGUUCCCCGCGGUGCAAUGAAAGUUCAGCAGAGUGAGACCUCGCCGCAACAUCCUCCUCCAAACAUUGGGACCGAGAGGACAUAAGCCCCGCCCUCUGGCGCGUCGUCACACCGCUAAUCACGUGAGCACGAUUAUUCUCAUUCUUAUGAAUAAGAGUGUGCCUUUGAAAAUGACCAAUAUUAAUGGCGAACUCGCUGCUUUCCACAUGAGAUUCGUCACCGCGUUCCCGCCGUCGCCAUCAGCUUGACCUUCUGCCGCCUUUGGCUUCCCUCUUCCCGUGUGGUUAACCCAGAUGACAAAAGAGGAAGAACUUUUCAAACUUUUUCUCUUCGGUCUUCUUCAUUCUCUCCGGUCAGUUCCUCCUGUCGUCUUGUCGUCUCUUCACUUCUCGAUGUUUCCGACGCAGGCAAACGUGUUGGUCUUGUUGCUUGUGACAGGUUCAAUGGGCGCGGUGGAGAAGGUGCGUUACACGCCGGCGACGUGCGCGGUGCGCGGCUCCACCGUGAUGCUCUUGUGCUCCUUCACGCCUUCCCAGGCGGUGGUGCGGGCGGUCUGGUGCAUCAAUCACCUCAUCUGCCAAGGCACCACGCCGUCCGUCUACGACAGCGCCGCGCCGCGGUGCAACAACUGCCGCUACCUCUACCUGGGAGACUUGAAGGGAAACUGCACGCUGCAGAUCCACAACGUCCAGGAGGCUGACAACACCACGUUCCGGUUCCGGAUGGAAGGGCAAAACACUGCCGGACAUUUCACUGGCACUACGGGGGUACAGGUCACCGUCAUUGACGGCGAGCGGAUGAAGGUGUCGAGCUCCGCCCCCGGGCGGGUGUCGGAUGGCGCCACGGUAACGCUGAGCUGCGCCUCGACGUGUUCCUUCCACGGUCUGCAGGUCCGCUGGCAUCGCGACGGCCGCGCCCUCCCGGAGUCGGGCCCCGCCCUGCGCCUGGGCCCCCUGGCGGCGGGCACCUCAGCCAACUACACUUGCGUCCUCGCCGUCGACGCCCGCACCAUGUCGCCGCCCUUCAGACUCGACGUGGAACAACGGCGCUCUGAGUCCGAAGACGCCACGGUCGCCGUGAUUCUCGGCCUCGCGGCGGCGCUGGUCCUGGUCGUCGGGAUCGUCUUGUUCAUCGUGAAACGGAGGCGUCGGCCGGAGUCGCGUCACGAUGUCAAACGCGCACAAAACGAGCACGAGUGUGAACACGUGUACAAUAACACACCGCCGACUCCCGAGCGAGGCGGUCCCGACGGACAGGAAGUGGGUCAGAGUGCACAGGAAGUUAGCUACGCCGCCGUUCAGUUUAAACCAAAGGCUGUGAGCAGGUCGGCGGCGGCGAAGGAGGAGGACGUGGUCUACUCGUCCGUCACGCGUUCGACCGUGUGAGCGCUCGGCCGGCACAAAGCGACGUCACGCGACAACGGGAAGUGACGUCACGUGCACGUCGACCGCGAUGCCGCACUUGCGAAAGUCGCAAAAAAAAAACAAACAAAAAAAAAAAAACAAACAACACUGGAGUGUCAAUAAAGUUGAAUAAUUCAA